AUGACGGUCGAUGAUCUUAUCCGGGAAUAUUAUCAGACCACUGAUAACGAUUUGAGGUACAUGGCCUUGAAAACUCCUAUGGACAUAAUACGUACCGAUGAUGACCUGACCCUACUUCUGAAUAAACUGGUUUUCCCAAUUCUUAGUGGAGAGUCUUUUUCCGAUAUUGUCAACUUACUAUCUUUUGAGCUUCUUCCCCAAUGGUCCACUACUCUGUUCAAGAAAUUCGAUAAUAGGGCACAGCUUAUUUACUUGCCGUUCAUCAGACAGUGCUUGCAUAAUGACAGUAAGCAGACCAUUUUUUUACAAAGUUUGAGGAACAUUUUGCAAAAUGUGGAAACAGACACUGAAUGGAAUUGUGACGUCGCCCUCAGCGAUGACAGUAUUAUCUUCGAAUUUUUGGAGAUUAUCAAAAUGAAUAACUUUUAUCAAACGCAGUCCCAGUUGUGCAAGGAGACACUGAAUAUUCUUAUUAAACUGUGCUAUGACACUGAUGUACGCGCACUACGAACUGAGAUCUUAGUCAAAGUGUUGGCGAUAUGCUCCGAAGAAGACCAUAAUGAUAUCAACAGUGAAGCGUUUACAUUCAGUCCGAUUACAGAAACGUUGCUUUGCAACUCAUGCCGCCUCACGAACUCGACCAAUCUUGCGGAAGCCCUUUCCUACAUCAGCGACAAUGAAUUGGAGGUAAUAUCCAAAUACUGGUUCCAGUUUAAUAGAGCUCCUCAAGUUGUGCUCAAAAUUGCUGGAAACUUAUCCGCAGAUAGCAAAACUCUGGAGCGUGAUUUGACAAUUGUGAAGAAUUUCCGAAAGUUUUACCUAAUGAACUGUUUUUCAUCUAAAGCACCAGUUAUAAAUCAGAACGAGGCAUUUGAAUUGGUGAAAGCUUUAAUUAAUUUACAUCAAUCACUUAAACACACGACUCUUUCCAAGACGACUAGUGUCGAUGCGACGGACGCUACUAGCGACAACUUGCAUAUGGGCCAAUUUGAAAAUGCCGAUGAUGAUGAAGAGGAUGUUGACCAACGAGAGUACUUGGAUCAGCUAUUAAACGAGGAUGAUGCAGAGCUUCACUUCGAGGAGGAGACAGAUGACGAAGCGACAAAUGAUUAUGCCACAAGAUCCAUUAAAAUCAUCGAAGAUAUAUUAGGGGAUAUAUCAGUUGAUCAAAUAGACAGAGCAGCACUUGGUAUGCUUGAACGGCCGGAACUCGAACUGCUCUUUUUGUCGGCCGACCAACCCGCCCCUGCAGGCCGAGAGAGUGAGUAUAUACCCAUUGCGGAACGUCUGACCAGCUCGCAGGAACUUGCUGAACUACAAAAAAAUAUGAAUUGUAUGGAGCAACAGUUGAGAGAUGAAAACUUCCCAAACGCCAUCGAAAGAUCCCAUUUGGUAAAUUCGGUUUUACGUCAUCUCCAAAGAAACAAACAAUUCGUGAAGAUCAUUAAAGUGGGGAAUAUGAAACAGAAGAUUGACGAGGGAUUGAACUUGAGAACUGUGUCUUACUCCGUACUCUUCCAAGUACCAGAAUUUAGCUACGACGAGACGUGCAUGAUUAUUGAGGCGAUUGUUGAGUUCGGUUUGAGGGAAAAGGAGGAAAGCAUCCAGAAACGGAUUACAGCGCUCUUCCAAAAAAUACUGGCCCCGCAUUUCUACAAUAUACAAGGCUUGGAUCAAGGGUGGUUCAAUGAAAACGUUAGGAACACUAUCUACAUGAAAAGUAGAGCCUCGCCGGACGAUGCAAAAAGUCAAGUUUUUUUGGACAACUUGUACUACUUGACGUUCUCUGCCAACCAUCAUAUACCGAAUCAGUAG